AUGAGGGGAGUCAGUGUGUGGGGAGUGGGGGUCAGUGUGGUGGGUGGUGGGGAGUGGGGGUGUGGUGGGAAGUGUGGGAUGAGGGGAGUCAGUGUGUGGGGAGUGGGGGUCAGUGUGGUGGGUGGUGGGGAGUGGGGGGUGAGGGGGUUCAGUGUGGAGGUGUGGGAUGAGGGGGGUCAGUGUGUGGGGAGUGGGGGUCAGUGUGGUGGGUGGUGGGGAGUGGGGAGUGAGGGGAGUCAGUGUGGUGGGGAGUGGGGGAUGAGGGGGUCAGUGUGGUGGGGAGUGGGGGAUGAGAAGGUGUGGCAGGGAGUGGGGGGUGAGGGGGGUCAGUGUGGUGGGGAGUGGGGGAUGAGGGGGGGAGUGGGGGAUCAGUGUGGUGGGGAGUGGAUGAGGGGGGGGGGGGUCAGUGUGGUGGGGAGUGGUGGGGAGUGGGGGAUGAGAACCAGCUCCCAAAAGCCACCCACCUCUCCAUCCUCCUCCCCUGCCUUCCCCUUCCCCUCUUUUCUCUAA